UUUCACUUUCUGUUUAUUUGCCCUUUUUUUGUUUGUUUCUACCUCUUUUGCUCUCUGUGUUUGACACUCUUCUCCUUCUCUUUCUCCCUCUGUUUGUAUCUCCAAAUUUCAGGCUUCUCUGCAGAAUGUCAAACAAAGAUCGACACAUUGAUUCCAGCUGUUCGUCCUUCAUCAAGACGGAACCCUCCAGCCCAGCCUCCCUGACGGACAGCGUCAAUCACCACAGCCCUGGUGGCUCCUCAGACGCCAGCGGGAGCUACAGUUCCACCAUGAAUGGCCAUCAGAACGGACUUGACUCGCCACCUCUCUACCCUUCUGCUCCUAUCCUAGGAGGGAGUGGGCCGGUCAGGAAACUGUAUGACGACUGCUCCAGCACCAUCGUCGAAGAUCCCCAGACCAAGUGUGAAUACAUGCUCAACUCCAUGCCCAAGAGACUGUGCUUAGUGUGUGGUGACAUCGCUUCUGGGUACCACUAUGGGGUAGCGUCAUGUGAAGCCUGCAAGGCGUUCUUCAAGAGGACAAUUCAAGGUAAUAUAGAAUACAGCUGCCCUGCCACGAACGAAUGUGAAAUCACAAAGCGCAGACGCAAAUCGUGCCAGGCUUGCCGCUUCAUGAAGUGUUUAAAAGUGGGCAUGCUGAAAGAAGGGGUGCGUCUUGACAGAGUACGUGGAGGUCGACAGAAGUACAAGCGCAGAAUAGAUGCGGAGAACAGCCCAUACCUGAACCCUCAGCUGGUUCAGCCAGCCAAAAAGCCAUGUAAUGAUCUUGCUGCGUUCUGGUCUGAUCCUGCAGAUAACAAGAUCGUCUCACAUUUGCUGGUGGCCGAGCCGGAGAAGAUCUAUGCCAUGCCUGACCCCACUGUCCCCGACAGUGACAUCAAAGCCCUCACUACACUGUGUGACCUGGCCGACCGCGAGCUGGUGGUUAUCAUUGGAUGGGCGAAGCAUAUUCCAGGCUUCUCCACCCUGUCCCUGGCGGACCAGAUGAGUCUUCUGCAGAGUGCUUGGAUGGAAAUUUUGAUCCUUGGUGUCGUAUACCGAUCCCUUUCCUUCGAGGAUGAACUUGUCUAUGCAGAUGAUUAUAUAAUGGAUGAAGACCAGUCCAAAUUAGCAGGCCUUCUCGACCUAAAUAAUGCUAUCCUGCAGCUGGUAAAGAAAUACAAGAGCAUGAAGCUGGAGAAAGAAGAAUUUGUCACCCUCAAAGCUAUAGCUCUUGCUAAUUCAGACUCCAUGCACAUAGAAGACGUCGAGGCUGUUCAGAAGCUUCAGGAUGUCUUACAUGAGGCUCUGCAGGAUUAUGAGGCUGGCCAGCACAUGGAAGACCCCCGCCGGGCUGGCAAGAUGCUGAUGACGCUGCCGCUCCUGAGGCAGACCUCUACCAAGGCUGUGCAGCACUUCUACAACAUCAAACUGGAAGGCAAAGUCCCCAUGCACAAACUUUUUCUGGAAAUGCUGGAGGCCAAGGUCUGACUGAAAGCUUCCUGGGCCUUCCCGUUCUGCACGCUGAAAAAGGGAAAAUUAAACCCAAGUGAUGUCGAGGAACUUUAGCGUCUAGUUAUCAACAUCGAAAUCAGCAAAGACUGCACUGAUUUAGCAGCAAGACUAUGAAGCAGCUUUCAGAUUUCUCCUUUUCUUCCUGAUGAGCUUCCUUCUCCCUUGUCUCCCAUCUUCUUUUCUCAUUUCUCUUCCUCUUUACUUUUUUUCUCCCUCCUCUCUUCCCUCUCUUCCUCAUUUCUUAGCUUUCUUCAUUUAUCUCACCCUCAUUUCCCUCUUUUCUUCCUUCCAUCUUCCUUCCUCCCUCCCUCCUUCCCUUCCUUCCUUCCUCUCUUCUCUGCUUCCUUCUUCCACUCCUCUUUCUCCUUUCUCUCAUCCUCCCUGUUUCUUCUAAAUUUGAAAUAGUUUUAGUUAUAAGGAAAUGUUCUUCCCUUUUCCUUCCCUUCCUUUCCCUUCCUUCUGCUGCUGAACUUGUAAAAAAGGUCUCUAACUGAAGAGAGAUGGAAGCCAGCCCUGCCAAAGGAUGAAGAUCCAAAUAUGGAUACCAGUGAACUUAUUGUGAACCACAACGUCCCCAAUGACUAAGGAAUCAAAGAGAGAGAACCGACGUACCUAGAAGUACAGUGCAACCUAAACGAAUUGACUGAGUGCAGUAUUAGAUUUCACGGGAGCAGCCUCUAAUUAGACAACUUAAGCAACGUUGCAUUGGCUGCUUCUUAUCAUUGCUUUUCCAUCUAGAUCAGUUACAGCCAUUUGAUUCCUUAAUUGUUUUUUCAAGUCUUCCAGGUAUUUGUUAGUUUAGCUACUAUGUAACUUUUUCAGGGAAUAGUUUAAGCUUUAUUCAUUCAUGCAAUACUAAAGAGAAAUAAGAAUACUGCAAUUUUGUGCUGGCUUUGGACAAUUAUGAACAAUAAUGAAGGACAAAUGAAUCCUGAAGGAAGAUUUUUAAAAAAAAUGUUUUGUUUCUUCUUACAAAUGGAGAUUUUUUUGUACCAGCUUUACCACUUUUCAGCCAUUUAUUAAUAUGAGAAUUUAACUUACUCAAGCAAUAGUUGAAGGGAAGGUGCAUAUUAUCACGGAUGCAAUUUAUGUUGUGUGCCAGUCUGGUCCCAAACAUCAUAAUCUUAACCUGAGCUCCGGUUUAUCUAAACGUUCACUGACAACAAAGGAUUAGAUUACACCUACAGUGGCUCCGAAUAGUCGCGUAUAGAAGCACUGCGUGUGGAAUACAGAUCCGUAGAAUGAUCAGGAGCGCACCUCUCUACCUGGGAGGUCCGGUUGCCAUGUAUUUCCAGCUGCCGCGGUGCUUAGGAAUGAGAUCCUGCCUGUUCGCAAAGUUACAGACCUUUCCCAGAAGGAGCUGUGAGCCAGUAUUCGUGUAAGAGGCAAUAAGGCAAAUGCCAGAAUUUGCGGGGAAAAAAAAUGAUCAAAGACAGCAGACGCCUGACCAAAUUCUAAAACCCAGUCUAUAUAAGUUUUUAUAUCUUUUUUUUUUAUUAUUUCGAAAUGUUUGUUCAAAUUACUCUGCAGUUUUUUACCAAGAGCUAAGCCAAUAUAUGUGCUUUUCAACCAGUAUUGUCACAGCAUGAAAGUCAGUCAGGUUCCAGGCUGUUAAGAGGUGUAAUCUAAUGACAAAAUCAGUUAGAUGCCCCCCAAUCUACAGUCGCUGAACACCCAAUAAACAGUAACCUCCAUGAAGUGCUACACCAAUGGACCGGUGUUAGUAGCUGCUCCCCGUACUGUGUGAACAGUCUUAUUCUAUGUACACAGAUGUAAUUAAAAUUGUAAUCCUAACAAACAAAAGAAACGUAGUUCAGCUUUUCAAUGUUUCAUGUUUGCUGUGCUUUUCUGAAUUUUAUGUUGCAUUCAAAGACUGUUGUCUUGUUCUUCUUGUGGUGUUUGGAUUCUUGUGGUGUGUGCUUUUAGACACAGGGUAGAAUUAGAGACAAUAUUGGAUGUACAAUUCCUCAGGAGACUACAGUAGUAUAUUCUAUUCCUUAUCAGUAAUAAGGUUCUUCCUGAUAAUGAUUAAGAGAUUGAAACUCCAAACAAGUAUUCAUUACGAACAGAUACACAUCAAAAUCAUAAUAAUAUUUUCAAAACAAGGAAUAAUUUCUCUAAUGGUUUAUUAUAGAAUACCAAUGUAUAGCUUAGAAAUAAAACUUUGAAUAUUUCGAGAAUAUAGAUAAGUCUAAUUUUUAAAUGCUGUAUAUAUGGCUUUCACUCAGUCAUCUCUCAGACGUUGUUAUUAACUCGCUCUGUGUUGUUGCAAAACUUUUUGGUGCAGACACGUUUCCAAAACAAUUGCUACUUCGUGUGCUUUAAACAAAAUACCUUGGGUUGAUGGUCCAUCACCCUCGUGCUAGGAAUACUGUGUAUCUAUCAUUAGCUAUAUGGGAUUAUAUAGUAGAUUGUGGUUUCUCAGUAGAGAAGUGUCUGUAGUGUGAUUCUAGAUAAAUCAUCCUUAGCAAUUCAUUCAGAUGGUCAAUAACUUGAAAUUUAUAGCUGUGAUAGGAGUUCAGAAAUUGGCACAUCCCUUUAAAAAUAACAACAACAACAACAAAAUACAACUCCUGGGAAAAAAAAAAAGGUGCUGAUUCUAUAAGAUUAUUUAUAUAUGUAAGUGUUUCAAAAGAUUAUUUUCCAGAAAGUUUGUGCAGGGUUUAAGUUGCUACUAUUCAACUACACUAUAUAAAAAUAAAUUAUAUACAAUCUAUACCUUGUUUUCACUGUAUCACAUUAAAGUACUUGGGCUUCAGAACUAAGAAUGAACCAACUGAAUAUAUGAAAUGGAGAUAUGUUGAAAGAACGAGGUACCUUUUUUAUUUCGUUUUCAGUGUUAAGUGAUUCUCAGCGUUACAAAAGAACAAGGAUCUCACAAAUAGGAAACAAAACGAAAAUCUAGAUCUCAAAGAAUUGCACAGACUUUUGGGUAGAUCUCCUCUGAUACCUCGAGUGAGGUCUGUUUUUUCUCAAGUUUCAGGCAAGACCAUUUACUUAAUGUGAAGUUUUGCAAAGUUUUAAAUAAAGGUGUAUGUUUUAGCCAUGCGGUUUUCAUUUUAAUUUUGCUUCUUUUAGGUUUAUUCUUAUUUAAAGCAAUACGAUUGUGUGACUCCCUGUAGUUACCACUUGUGUUUCAAUCAGAUCAGAUUGUUGUAUUUAUUCCACUAUUUUGCAUUUAAAUGAUAACAUAAAAGAUAUAAAAAAUUUAAAACUGCUAUUUUUCUUAGAGAAGAGAAAAUGGGUGUUGGUGAUUGUAUUUUAAUUAUUUAAGUGUCUCUGUUUACCUGCCUAGGAAGACAUUUUAUGGCAAUCUUAUGUGCAAAGAUCGUAAAAGGACAAAAAAUUUAAACUGCUUAUAAUAAUCCAGGAGUUGCAUUAUAGCCAGUAGUAAAAUAAUAAUAAUAAUAAUAAUAAAACCAUGUCUAUAGCUGUAGAUGGGCUUCACAUCUGUAAAGCAAUCAAUUGUAUAUUUUUGUGACGUGUACCAUACUGUGUGCUCCAGCAAAUGUCCAUUUGUGUAAAUGUAUUUAUUUUAUAUUGUAUAUAUUGUUAAAUGCAAAAAGGAGAUAUGAUUCUGUAACUCCAAUCAGUUCAGAUGUGUAACUCAGAUUAUUAUACCUUUCAGGAUGAUGGUAGAGCGAUAUUAAACAAGCUUCCACUUUUGAGCGCUCUUGUGUGUUUGUGUUUCUUUCGCCCUCCCCACCAAAGGACCAGUUGCCCUUUGUUGCUUCAUUCAGAGAGGCUCUCUGAGUACCUGCUUCCUAAAAAUAAAGUAGGAAGCUAAAUAAGAGCUAUAUAAAGGCUUGUCAGAAGGAAUUCUAGGGUGCCAAGAGACAUUUUGCAUAUUUAAGAGUAUGCAAAG